AUGACAAAAGAAGGGCAAACAUUCUCUUCAACAAUACCUCCAUCAAUCUAUAGCCAAAGUUAUGUUACUGGAAAACCAAAUGAAAGAGAUAAUUGGUGUAAUGAAAAUAAUGAAACAAAAUCAUUUACCAUCGUUAUAGUUGGAGAUGAGGGUGUUGGAAAGAUGUGUUUAAUUAACCAACUUCUGUACGGUUAUUUUAAAGACAGCAAUAAAUCAACAAAUUGUAAUACAAAAAAUUAUUAUGUUGAUGGCAAAGAAGUAUUUUUAAAUGUAUGGAAUUAUAAUGGUAAACAACAAAAAUCAAUGAUGUCAAGAAGUUACUAUGAAGGAUGUAAUGCUGUCAUUGUAGUAUUUGAUAUUUCUGAUAGAACAACAUAUGAAAGUGUUAAAGGAUGGUUAAAAGAUGUUGGAUAUUAUGCACCUAAAGACAUUAUCAAAUAUCUUGUAGGAAAUAAAACUGAUUUAGCUGCAAAUAGAAUUGUUUCUAGUCAAGAAGCACAAGAUCUUGCUAAAAGAGAAGGAUUUGAAUUUAUUGAGACAAGUGCUAAAUCAAAUAACAAUGUAGAUGUGUUGUUCCAAGAUUUAAUAAAAAAACUUCUUUCUGAGCCUCCUAGAUUAACAAAUAAACAUGUCUCUGAAGAAGAAGAAGAAACAUUAAAAACUAAAACUUCAUUUAAACAAAACCAUUAUCAUUCUUGUUGUACUGUCUUGUAA